GUUACACUAUGAUGCUGUUAGAUUACAGGACACAGGGUUUUUAUCCUGCAAUCUGUCUUAUAACACGCUAUAUUUCAAUAUGCAUGACAUGGACAUUAUAGAGUCGUGUGUGUGUGCGCGCGCGUGCGUGUGUGCGUGUGUGUGCGUGCGUGCGUGUGCGUGUGUGUGUGUGUAAAGGGCAGUCAGGAUAAUGUCACUCUAAAGAGUCUGCAUAACAUCCCGAGGACGACAGAGUCCACAAGGAAGAGUCAUGGUUGGCAGAAGAGUGUGAGAAUAGAAGCCUUCUUCUGCUAUGGUUUAACAUUAACGGCCAAAAGGUUUGUGACCAGCGUCGGUGCGAAGCUGUUUCUCUGGACCCAGAGGAGUAGAAAUAACAUUCUGCCAGCUUUUCACCAUGGUUGACCCAGAGCUUGGAGAUGAAGCCCUGUCCCCGAGUGGCUCCGUGGGCCGAGGCAUCUGCCAACAGACUGGAUCCGACCGGUCCCAGUCACAAACCUACAGUCCACGAGAUUUUAGUUCUAAUGGGAGCGUUUCACCACUUGACCCCAGUCUCCAUUAUGAGCCACAGGAGACAGACUUUCUGCUCCCAAAUAUGCUGUACGGUAGGUCAACAGUCAGCGGACCCCCGAGAGCAAAAGAUGCAGGUGGCUCCGGUGCGCCUGCUGAGUCAGUCUGUUGUAUGGUGCUUCAGAUCCUGGUGCCUUUUGUCCUGGCCGGGCUCGGGACCGUCUCUGCCGGGAUGCUGCUUGGACUGGUUCAGCAGAACUGGGACGUGUUCCAGGAAAUCCCAGAGAUCUUCAUCCUAGUCCCUGCCGUGUUAGGCAUGAAGGGGAACCUGGAAAUGACUCUGGCCUCAAGACUCUCCACUGCUGUGAAUGCAGGAAGAAUGGAAACCACGAGAGAAAAGUGGUUGCUGAUCAUUGGGAACCUGGCGCUCAAGCAGCUCCAGGCCACCGUGCUCGGCCUGUUGGCCUCUUUGAUGGCGGCUUUGCUGGGCUGGAUGGCAGAAGGAAAUGUUCCCUUAAACCACGUGAUGCUCCUAUGUUCAACCAGUGUUUCGACUGCCUUCAUGGCUUCACUGCUGCAAGGUAUUAUUAUGGUAGCAGUGAUCAUUGGCUCAAAGCGAAUGGGAAUCAACCCCGACAACGUGGCCACACCUAUGGCUGCAAGCUUUGGGGAUCUCAUCACUCUUGCCUCGCUGGUCUGCUUCAGCCAGUGGUUCUACUCCCUCAUAGACCUGUAUCCGCACGUGUUGUACCUGGUGGAUCUGUUGUUUUUGUGCCUGAUUCCUCUUUGGGUGGUCAUCUCCUCCAAACAUCCAGCCAGUCACAUCCUGCUCCGCACAGGCUGGGAGCCAAUUAUUACAGCUAUGGUCAUCAGCAGUAUUGGAGGACUUAUUUUGGACAAGACCGUGUCCAAUCCAAACCUGGCAGGAAUUAUAGUUUAUGCUCCGGUCAUAAAUGGUAUUGGAGGCAACCUUGUCUCCAUUCAGUCUAGUCGCAUUUCUACUCAUUUGCAUUUGAAUUACUCACCUGGAGAGGUUCCUGAAGACCGUACGGGUUGCUACAGCCCGUGCCGCACUUUCUUUGGUUCAGGAGCAAACCAUCGAUCUGCUCAGGUUCUGCUUCUGCUGGUGAUCCCAGGUCAGCUCAUCUUCUUACACGUCAUCCACCUGAUGAAAGGAGGCCAGACUUUGCCCAGUGCUCUCCUGACCGUUGCCUUCCUCUCUGCUUCCCUGAUUCAGGUCUUUUCCCUCUUGUGCGCAGCCGACUGUAUGGUCCAUGCUCUAUGGCGGAGGGGUAAAGACCCAGACAGUUACUCGAUACCUUACCUCACGGCCCUCGGAGACCUGCUAGGGACGGCUCUCCUCUCUCUUGCCUUCUUCAUGCUGUGGUGCAUCGGUGACUCAGGCAGUGUGUAGGUUCGCACUGUUUUGGUCCUGCCGCUGUUUUAAAGAAAAAUCCAACUGAUGCUGGGGGAGUAAAAACAUUUUUUGCAUGUGGUCCAUUUGAUCUUCCCCGCUCUAUUGAUAUGGCUCACUUUAAAAGGAAUGGCAGCACCUGAUAAAGGUAAUACAAAUCCCCUUAUCUGUUUGAGAGUCUUCUUCUUUUUAAGUCUGACCCUUUUCUCAGCAACCAGUUAAGAUAAGAGUCUUCUUCUUUAACAGAUUGUACUGUUUGUUAGUCAAAGGAAUAGUACCUCUGUGGUGAAAAUGAUGAGUGGAUGAUGUCCUUUUGAGAAAUCAAAUGUAUCUUAAGCUUAAGUAUUUACUUACUUAUUUAACUGUUUCUUGUCCUUGAGAGGAGGAAGAAGGACAAAGCUUCGAGUGUGAAGCUUUAAUACACAUCAGAAAAGUCUAUGUUGUCCUAUGUUGGACAACCCUGCACAAAAGAAGAAGGAGGGGUUACGCACUUCAACAAUGUAAUAGCAAUAAAUACAACUGUGAAUAAAAAUACAAAAUGU